AUGCUGCCUCGAGCCAUCAUCCUCCUCCGCCCUGGGACCAGGCAACUCAGCCAAAAGGCUCCUUCCAAAACCUCGACCUUGUUCGUGGGAGGUACAUCCAAAUCACCAUCUCUCUUUCUCUCUUUCUCUCUCUAUCUCUAUUGCCCGCUUCGGUCAAUUGCAGGGCUCUCCUAUGACACGAAUGAAGCCACCGUGAAGGACGCCUUUGGACGGCAUGGGGAAGUGGUCAGAGGUAUCCCAUGAUUGCACCUACUUAUCACAUAUCCAUAAGAACACAGAAGAUCACGUCUGGAAAUCAUAUAUAUGACAGUGAAUGUGGUCUGCGAUCGAGUGAGCGGGAGAUCGAAAGGGUUUGGAUUUGUGACGUUUGCCGAGGAAGAUGGAGCCAUGAAAGCCCUUCAAGAGAUGGAUGGCCAGGUGAGAACUCCUUCUUGGGCUCGUUCUGGUUCUCCUACUUCUGACCCUCCUUCUCAUGUCUUCAGCGGUUGGACGGCAGGAACAUACGCGUGGAGCCUGUGAAGAACAGCGGUUUGAGAGAAGGUUGA